GAAAGGAAAUUUUUAUGAAUGGGUUAUUCGAAUGAUGAGCAAGUAUCUACGCAUUCGCUCAUAGAAAAGGGGGCCAACCCCAUUGCGUAUUGGUACUUAUCGGGUAUAGAAUAGAUCUGCUUCUCUUUGUUCCUACGUGUUCCAUUAUUACCAACGGAAUGGAAUAAAUAUUCACCCUUGCUCCGAAAUAAUUCAGUGAAAAGGGAGGUUCAUAGCAUAGUCUUUUCCAAUGUGAUAAAGUUACAUAGUGUCUAUUUUUAUUUGAUAAAGGGGUAUUUCCAUGGGUUUGCCUUGGUAUCGUGUUCAUACCGUCGUAUUGAAUGAUCCCGGUCGCUUGCUUUCUGUUCAUAUAAUGCAUACAGCUCUAGUUUCUGGUUGGGCCGGUUCGAUGGCUCUAUACGAAUUAGCAGUUUUUGAUCCCUCUGACCCCGUUCUUGAUCCAAUGUGGAGACAAGGUAUGUUCGUUAUACCUUUCAUGACUCGGUUAGGAAUAACCAAUUCAUGGGGGGGUUGGAGUAUCACAGGGGGGACUAUAACGAAUCCGGGUAUUUGGAGUUACGAAGGCGUGGCCGGGGCACAUAUUGUGUUUUCUGGCUUGUGCUUCUUGGCAGCUAUCUGGCAUUGGGUGUAUUGGGAUCUAGAAAUAUUCUGUGAUGAGCGUACAGGAAAACCCUCUUUGGAUUUGCCCAAGAUCUUUGGAAUUCAUUUAUUUCUUUCAGGGGUGGCUUGCUUCGGGUUUGGCGCAUUUCAUGUAACAGGCUUGUAUGGUCCUGGAAUAUGGGUGUCCGAUCCUUAUGGACUAACCGGAAAAGUACAACCUGUAAAUCCGGCGUGGGGCGUGGAAGGUUUUGAUCCUUUUGUUCCGGGAGGAAUAGCCUCUCAUCAUAUUGCAGCAGGGACAUUGGGCAUAUUAGCGGGCCUAUUCCAUCUUAGUGUCCGACCGCCCCAACGUCUAUACAAAGGAUUACGUAUGGGCAAUAUUGAAACUGUACUUUCCAGUAGUAUCGCUGCUGUCUUUUUUGCAGCCUUUGUUGUUGCUGGAACUAUGUGGUAUGGUUCAGCAACUACCCCGAUUGAAUUAUUUGGGCCCACUCGUUAUCAAUGGGAUCAGGGAUAUUUCCAGCAAGAAAUAUAUCGAAGAGUUGGCACCGGACUAGCCGAAAACCAAAGUUUAUCAGAAGCUUGGUCUAAAAUUCCCGAAAAAUUAGCCUUUUAUGAUUACAUCGGCAAUAAUCCAGCAAAAGGGGGAUUAUUCAGAGCGGGAUCAAUGGACAACGGGGAUGGAAUAGCUGUUGGAUGGUUAGGACAUCCCGUCUUUAGAGAUAAAGAAGGACGUGAGCUUUUUGUACGCCGUAUGCCUACUUUUUUUGAAACAUUUCCAGUAGUUUUGGUAGACGGAGAUGGAAUUGUGAGAGCCGAUGUUCCUUUUAGAAGGGCAGAAUCGAAGUAUAGUGUCGAACAAGUAGGUGUAACUGUUGAGUUCUAUGGUGGCGAACUCAAUGGAGUCAGUUAUAGCGAUCCUGCUACUGUGAAAAAAUAUGCUAGACGCGCUCAAUUGGGUGAAAUUUUUGAAUUAGAUCGUGCUACUUUGAAAUCCGAUGGUGUUUUUCGUAGCAGUCCAAGGGGUUGGUUUACUUUUGGGCAUGUUUCUUUUGCUUUGCUCUUCUUUUUCGGACACAUUUGGCAUGGUGCUAGAACCUUGUUCAGAGACGUUUUUGCUGGGAUUGAUCCAGAUUUGGAUGCUCAAGUAGAAUUUGGAGCAUUCCAAAAACUUGGAGAUCCAACUACAAGGAGACAAGUAGUCUGAUACGGCAUUGCUCUGGUAUCUUUGGCCUCUAUUUGAUUUUUGUGAUUUGAGAUAGGGUACCAGAAAAAUCUUGAUUUGACUCACCGUCCUUUCUUUGACUCUUGCCCUUUCUUUAUCUGGGAGAUGAUAUGAUCCCAAAUGAACAGGUGUGGAAGCUAUAAUUGUAAACCACGAUCGAAUCUAUGGAAGCAUUGGUUUAUACAUUCCUCUUAGUCUCGACUCUAGGGAUAAUUUUUUUCGCUAUCUUUUUUCGAGAACCCCCUAAAGUUCCGACUAAAAAGAUGAAAUGAUUUUUGAGUAUCUCAAUUGAAGUAAUGAGCCCUCCAUGUUGGGGGGCUCAUUACUUCAAUUAGUCCCCGUGUUCCUCGAAUGGGUCUCUUAGUUGUUGAGAGGGUUGCCCAAAAGCGGUAUAUAAGGCGUACCCGGUAAAACUUACAAGUAAACCAGAUAUAGAGAUGGCGACUAGGGUUGCUGUUUCCAUUAUUAUAUAAUUUCAAGACUACAAUGGAUCUACGAUAAGAUCGUUUAUUUACAACGGAAUGGUAUACAAAGUCAACAGAUCUCAACCAAUACAAUAGGAUUUAUGGCUACACAAAGCGUUGAGGGUAGUUCUAGAGCUCGUCCAAAGCAAACAGGUCUGGGGGGGUUAUUGAAACCAUUGAAUUCAGAAUACGGUAAAGUAGCUCCUGGGUGGGGAACUACCCCUUUGAUGGGUGUCGCAAUGGCUCUAUUUGCGAUAUUCCUAUGUAUUAUUUUGGAGAUUUAUAAUUCUUCCGUUUUACUGGAUGGAAUUUCAAUGAGUUAGGUCCAUAAGAACCAUGAAGUCUUAGCCUUUCAAUCAAAAAAAAAAAAAAGAAUCACUUAGGACUCGGAUUUUUAGGCCAUUCUGGUAGUUCGAUCGCGGAAUUCCUUUGUUUCUGUAUUUCCGGAAUAUGAGUGUGUGACUUGUUAUAAUUGAUCCUAUUGAUAGUAUAGAGAAUGGGUCUGUCAUCUUGAGAAAGAUGGUUCUACCUCGUCGGAUAUUAAUUUGAGUAUCCGGAACACGGAAUAUAUGGAAUAGAUCGAGAAAUAUUUGAACUAUGAUUCAUACCUACUAUUCAGACCUCGCGACCGGACUCCAAAAAAUUUUCAAUUUUCAAAGAGUUAUAAGUUUAAAAUUGAAGGAUUUUUUUCUUUCAAAAUCUUGCUUAUGCUUAUUUUGACCAAAGGACAAAUGUUUUUCCGGAUUUUCAUUCAUUACAUCUAUUCGUUGAAUAAGUGAUGAUCAAAUGGUUCUUACUCAGAGAACCUUUGAGCGUAGCUUGGGGGCUUUAUUGAAUCACCGUGGUUCUAGUAUGAAUCUGAGGUUUUAAUCGAUUCAUAGGGUCUUAACAAGAGAAUUCCUAUCAAUAAUAAAUACUAAUAUUAUAAAUAAAAUAAAACAUAGUAGUAAAUUCGCAUUACACACAAAUAAAAUAGGACAAGAGAAAAUUCAAGAGGCCUGUAACGAUCAACAUAAAGAUGAAUGCGCCGACUUGAUAUUUUGGCAUUAUCAUCACAAACACAAA